GUUAUAUAUCGCAGUGGCGGCGGUCGUGGAAGCCGGCUGGACUGCAGCGCACGUGCCUGGAUAUGACGCUCUUCGGCUUGCCGCGUAGUUCCUUGGGUUCUGGGUCUGGUCAGUCCUGCCCCAAGGUUCGCUCCAUCCUCGGUCCCCUAACUCUCGUCCAGCUCCCUAAGCUCCCGACCUCAGCAUCUGCAGAACGAAAUGGUCACAGCCAUGAAUGUCUCAGAUGAAGUAGAGCAGAUGUUCCAGCCCUACAACUUCGAGCUGUUCCAGGACAUAAGGCCCGUUUUGGAGGAGUACUGGGCAACCUCAUUCACCAUAGCUCUGAUCUACCUGCUGCUCAUCUUUGUGGGACAGAACUACUUGAAGGCACGGAAGGGCUUCAACCUGCAGGGACCUCUCAUCCUUUGGUCCUUCUGCCUUGCAAUCUUCAGCAAGAUCAUUGAACUUGGAGACAUGGCCUUCAUCAUCCUGUGUAAGCGGCCGCUCAUCUUUGUGCACUGGUACCACCACAGCACAGUGCUAGUGUACACGAGCUUUGGAUACAAGAACAAGGUGGCUGCAGGUGGCUGGUUCAUGACCAUGAACUACGGUGUACAUGCCAUCAUGUACACCUACUAUACUCUGAAGGCUGCCAAAGUAAAGCCCCCCAGGUGGUUUCCCAUGCUCAUCACCAGCCUGCAGAUCCUGCAGAUGUUUAUGGGAGCCACUGUCGGUAUCCUGACUUACAUCUGGAGACAGGAACAGGGAUGCCAUACCACAAAGGAACACCUCUUCUGGUCCUUCAUCUUGUAUACAACCUAUUUCCUCCUCUUUGUCCAGUUCUUCCACCAAAACUAUGUAAUUACCAAGGUCAAGGCCAAGACCAAGAGCCAGUGAAGGGUUGGAGAAAAGAAGGAUCCCCGAGCUCUCUCCUCCCCAGGGCAUUUAGGGGCUGAGCUUAGGUUUGGGAGAAUAAUUAGGAUGCCUUUUCUGCAUGGUUUCCCUACGGGAUGUGUACCCCAAGGUGGCAGGAGGUUAUGACAGUCAAGAAGUGUCACCCCUGGGGUGGGGGUGUGAUCCAGUACUUUGAUGUUUCUGUUUUUAAUGUGAAGGCCAAACAGUCCCUGGGAUGGAAUGGGACUGAGGAGGCUCCCCAGGGCUGAGUGAUCUAUAUUUCCAGAAAUCUUUCUUCUUCUUGCUCUAUUUUUU